AUGGCGAGCGCGGCCUCGGCAGAUGAGACAGGACCUCGUUCUGGGCUCGGAAUACCCCAGCCUCAGUCUGCUAUGAUCCUAAUCGUCGGUCUGCGGUUGGACAGCGGGAUCGGAAGAGCGGCUCGAUGCAAGGGCCCCUUCCUUCUGCGAGCGAGCCUUCGACUGUCAAAAAAAUAUUGCAACUGCAGCGCGCGACAACGCCUUGACCAAUUCCAAUUCCAAAUACUGUAUUCGCUACGCCGCUCUGCCAAGCUCAGUCCGCUCGGUUGCGGCUGUCGGAGCUCGAUUGUGACUGCCUCAGGCCGCGUUGCGUUGCAUUCGCUGCAUUGCGCUGUGCUAUGCCGAGUUGAGAGUUAUGCUGGCCCAGAGUCAGAUUUCGCAAGUCUGCGGAUCGCUUCCUCCACCCGAAUCUGCAUUCCUCUACAUCGUCAGCACCGUCAACAACAUCACCAUCACCAUCACCGCCUUCUGUACACGCUGAAAUACCGAAACACAAAGCUCCGUUCUCGCCGCACCAGCUGCACCCUUGCUCUCUCCAAUUGUGCCGCCAUCACAGCUAAGCGCAGCCUCAGCAUCAGCAUCAGCAUCCGUAGCAACAGUGAUCACAUCAAAUAUCGCAACUAUCGAGGCUAA